GCAUAUAAUACGAUAAUAGACUCUUUUGAAUCUCUUAUGUGAAUAUCAUAUAUCGAUUUAACAAUAGUGGCUUAACUUGAAUGUUGAUAUCGAUUUAACGAAGGGAAUUCUGAUGGCUGAAUGGAGUGCUUUGCGAUGGACAAUGUUCGAAUUUUUUAAGAGAGACAGGAAAUCAAACAAUGAGCAGUUUAUCUCUGGAGAUCGGCUGCUAAUCGCCUGUACUGCUGUGAAUUACUGAUUUGCUCUCAAAUUUCAUACCUGUCACUGCUAAAUUUCACCCACCAUCAAUGGCCUCCAAACAUCGAACGCGCAAAUCGUCUACUCCGCUCACUUCCACUAUCAACACCAAACCGUCUAGAACCCGGAUUUCGCCGUCGUCUCUUUCCUUUCCCCUCGAACCUUCACCGGAGUUUUUCCCCACCUCUAAGGCGGAGAUCUUGAGGCUCGUCUCUGUAAUAUCCAUUGCCACCUUCAUCGCUGUCGUAUGUAAUUACAUAGCCGCCGUUGUCAAUCAACAGCCAAAACCCUUUUGUACUACCAAUUCAGAGUUGGAAGGCGCCCUAUCUGGUUUGCCCAUCUUUCUUUAGUCCUUUAGCCCUUAUAUAUACUUUUUUACAAAGCAUAAUAUUCAAGUUUGUCCUUUACCAGUCAAACGGAUUACAGUUCUCCGUGUCAAGAAGAUAUGAAGUACUUAGCAAUGAUAUACGGAGUAUAUUAUCAAUAUGUGUCUAUAAUUCAAAGACAGGAUUUGUAGUCCUUUUUCUUGUUUUCCCUCUAUGAUUUAGAGCAAGUAUUUUUAUUUUUUAUGAAAAAGAUGACCAGGAUUAUUGAUGACUAAUGAUCGGACAAACAGGGUGAGCUGAGCUGCUUUAUGAAUAAAAGAACUUUUAUCUUGUGCCCCCCCCCCCCCCCCCCCCCCCCCCCUAAAAUUUCAGUUUGGCCAAAAGUCUGCAACAAAAGAGUAGCAUCUUGUGUGUUGCAAAUGGAUUGGAUAGAAAUUGCCUAAUAGUUCUCAUUUUUGGAAGUUGGAACAUCUGAAGUUAAAGUUCUAUGACCAAAAGGGUUCAUGAAAUUUCACUAAAAUUUGCACAUCCACAUGGACACAUGGAAGUAUUAAAACAGAAACACUAAAAAGAAUUUGAGCAUUGUUCUCUGGUACUUCAUGUGAAGAGGAGAAGAUUAUGUGCACUGUAGAAGUGAGGAGUAUAGUACUAGUAAGGGUGCUUGGGCUUCAAAGGCUUGAAAGAUAGUACAUGUUUUGGGAAGAAAAAUGAUCUCUUCAUCUGAAUCAGGAAAACGAUUCAGAAUUUUGGAUUCUCUUAAAACACUACAAAUGAACUAAUGAAGUUAUUAAGUGGAACUGGAAAGUGAAAUUCAACAAGCUCUUAAAGAUUAAAACAAGUAGCUAGCACUAAAAUUAUGUUUGGUACUACAAUUAUAUACCAAAUAUAUAGCAAAUGUGUUACAAUUUAACACACAUACCGAGAUUCAGAGAUUGAUUUUUUUCUCCACCAUCACUCAAAGACUCUACAUGUGCAGUUUGGGUUGAGGUGAACAUAUGUGAGCCAGAUGGAAAUUGUACAUGUCUAGUGUUCAUAUAACCCUAACUAAUGGACACCUCAUGAACCAAGCUGGUGUAUUAAAACAUCUGAUGUUUUCCUUAAAAUCUAUUUAACGAAUAUGCUAUCUUACAAUUGAGCAAGUAAUAGUUCAGGAAUUUUUUACUUACAAAAUCUUUUUUGGUAAGUACUUCUCAAUUCUCAUGCUUUAGACUUCUGUGAACCUUGUCCAAGUAAUGGAGUGUGCUAUGAUGGCAAAUUGGAAUGUGCACAUGGCUAUCAGAAGCAUGGGGACUCAUGCAUAGAAGAUUCAAAAGUUAGUGAAGCCGCAAAGGAACUUUACAAGUUUGUAGAAGAUCACGUGUGCAAGGAAUAUGCUCAACAUAUGUGUGGUGGAACUGGUGCUAUUUGGGUUUGUGUUAUCUAAAGAUUCUUGUUUCCAUGACUCUUUGUGCACUAUUUUGUCCAUAAAGGGUUUUGCCUGUGUGGCGCAGAACAGUGCACAGAGAGCUAUUGAGGCAGUUGGCGAAUUACUUGAGAGAAGGAUGGAUCACCAUGGGUAUGGUUCAGCUGAUCUUUUAUAUGAAAAUUAAGGAGGUGAAGUGUCCGGACCAGCUAGCUCAAAAACACUUGCCACUUUCUUGUCUUGUUCAGCAGUGGAUUGUAGAAAAUACUACAGCAAUACUUGCAGCCUGUGCAUUGCUUGUUGGGUGCUUUGUGAUACUGUUGAGGGUCCGUCGGAGGCACUACUUAUCACUCCGAGCUGAAGAACUCUAUAAUGAAGUUUGUGAUGUCGUUGAAGAGAAGGCAUUGAUUUCGAGGAGUACUAACUAUGAGAGUGAACCAUGGGUGAUUGCUUCAUGGUUACGAGAUUAUCUUCUCUCACCCGCAGAGAGAAAAGACCCAUUGUUGUGGAAAAAGGUUGAGGAGUUAGUUCGUGAAGAUUCACGUUUAGAACAGUACCCUAAGGUGGUGAAGGGUGAAUCUAAGGUGGUCUGGGAGUGGCAAGUUGAGGGUUCCCUAAGCUCAUCAGGAAAGAAAAGUGCACACAAUCGAAGAAAGCUGGAGUCAGGUGAAGGAAUGGACUUAUCUUCUCAAGGGAAAAGCUGGGUACCAAAGGCUGUUGCUGCUGCUUUGCAUAACUGAGGUGAUUUGUUUAUGUUUGUGAACACCCCUGUAAUCCUGUAUGUCUCAUAUAGAUCAUUGUAGUCCUCUUACACUGGAAAACUUGUAGCGAUUAGAGUAGUUAGUUCGGAAACACAGAAAUUCACAAGUAAUAGAUUGCAAAUUCUUACUCUUAGGGUCCAUUUGGAACGGAGUAAAUGCCAGGGAAAGAAAUUAGCAUGGAAAAUGUAGCAGAAAUUUGGAAGGAUAAAAAUUGUUUAGGGAAAUUAUAUAACAUGCUAGUUCAAACUUAAUAAUACUUUUAAUACUUCUUUGAAAUUGUUUUUAUUUAUUCAUAUGUGAUAUGCAUUAUACAAUUAUAUGCAAUCUAAACAUAUAUAGAUUUUCUUAGAAACAUCAAAGUUAUUCUGUUCUUUCCCUAGCAUUUCACGGGAUCCAAACAAAGCCUUAGCGAGCUUAGAAUUUAAGGAGUACUCCAUAUUUUAUUAUGAUAUGUCCUGCUACGAACGAAAAUAGACGACUUCAGCAAAAAUCAUAUCAUUUCGCAAAUGAGAGAUGAUAUAUUAUGAUAAAAAGGGAAGAGAAUGGCAGCAAUAGGUGGGCUAUGUAAUUUCUUUCAACCAAUAUCUUCUUCAAAAAAUAACACAAACUCAAAAAAAAUCCCAGCAGUACUCAGCACUUCAUUCUUCGAAAUUCGAAUCAGAAAUCAGUGAUUUUCCCCACGGGUUGGUUGUAUUCUUGUACACUUUCCCAUAGUCUAUUAAUCUAUUUAAAAAUAAUUGAAUUCAAUCCUUUGAUGUAGCUUGGGGCUACCCUGAGUAUCAAAAUCCUGAACCCAUAGUCAUCUUAUUAUAGAUAAAUAUAAUUUUGAAUGUCAUCCCGAUUGAUAUAGGAACAUCUAACAAAGUUGGGACAGUAAAACCUCAAAUAUAAAUAGGGCAUAUAUAUGGCAAAAAUACUACUAUAUGGGAAGUUAUGGACAUGCAUAUGACUAGCUUUAUUUUUUUUUAAAAAAAGAGAUCAAUUCCCAUUGAGUCGAGUGUUCGGUAAGUCAGUAAGUGGGUUCAUCAGCUUGUUUCUAAAAUUGCUAUUAGAUUGACUUUAGUUGUUUGAUUUUUUUUACUUUAGUUGUUUGAUUUUUUUUACUUUAGUUGUUUGAUAUAGGUUGACCAAAAAAGUUGUUUGACAUAGUCAAACAACUAUUAUUACUAAAACUGCUUUGAGGAGUUCUCAUUCAUAACAGUUUUAGAAACUCAAAAUUAUUCUAAUUAUACCUUGUCCGGCAGUGUGUUUAUACACCACCUAUUUUUUUUGUUUAGAUUAUAUAUAACUAAAGUUGAAAAGAUUAUAUAUAACUAAAGUUCAAAUGCCCUUCCAAUUGCACUUUUUUAUUAAAUAUUGCUGCUUGACUUAUCUAAAUUAAAAUGUUUCAGGUACGAAUGAAACCUCUAGUAUAACUGUUUUUUCCAUAAACUUAUGCAUUAAUAUUUAAAUUCAUGAUCGUAACAAAUUGCAUAAGCUUAAAAAAAGUUAUAAAUGCGUCACAAUCUUUAACGAAUAUAUUCUUCAAACAGA